AUGACGCCUGCCGUCGUGCAGGCCGUCCACGCAUGGCACCGCCUCGCCGACGACCAGCAGCAGCGCGAGCUACCACAACAGCCGGAGCUAGCCGCGCCCGCACCCGGCGCGCCCAUCUCGCACGCGCAGCUACUGCGCAUCUCUAGCUUCCUCACAACAGCAAAAAGCAGCAGCGACGAGCCCGGCCCCCCCGCCAUCCGGCUCAACGACCUCCUGCGCGGCGCGCGCAUCUACGUCCCCCCACCGCCACCAAAGCCCGAGCCCACGCCCGAAUACAAAGCGCUCAUGGCGCGUCUCCGCGCUUCACAAGAAUCCCUCGCCUACUCCCUCCUCCUCACCCCCCCCACCGCGCACACACCCAGCACGCUCCCGCGCGCGACACCGCACGCGCACUCCCCCGCCACUUUGGCCGCGACGGCCGCCGCGCAAGAAGCCGACGAAGCGACCUACGCCGACGUCAACCGGCAGCUGGCACUCAUUGCCAACGUGCUCAUUUCCAUUGUCGCGUGCAGCGUCGCGCUCUGGAUCGCGGCGCGGCAUUGGAGCGUCCCGCGCCGGCUGGCGCUGAGUAUGGGUGGGAGUAUCCUGGUGGCGGUGGCCGAGGUCGCGAUUUAUGCGGGGUAUAUUCGGAGGGUGAGGGAGGCGAAGGAGGAGGAGAAGGUGCGGGCGGGGAGGGAGCGGAGGGAGGUCGAGAGUGUGUGGGUGAUUGGGAAGGGCGGGGAGACGAGGGCUGUUAAGGAGGGUGAGGGUGGAGAGGCGGUCGAGGUCGUGGGCGGCAGGGAGGUCGCGUCGGGCGUGCAUGUGGAUGCUGCGGGUGAGGAGGCGGUUCGGCGGAGAAAGGGCCCGCAGACGUGA